AUGUCAGAGGCAAACCUGAAUGUCGACUAUGAAGCUCAGAGUUUACUAGUUUUUACUGGCGAUGCCUCACCGCGUCGCGCAUUGUCCCGGAUGAUUGUGCUCUUGCACUCAAUUUCAAAAUUCAGAUCUGAAGCUGAGAGAAGUUACACCAGUAUCGAUGACACUAAUGUAGAAGAUGAUGAAGGACAGCCAGAACUCACUGUUCUUGUUGAUGGUUCAUCUGCACAAGACAAUAGCCUCGGUAGCAAUAAGGACCGGCUUGAUUCAGAAGUUACCUCACAAACCUCGCGGGGUGAUAGUCAUCAUGGCAUUGAGCUCCUGACUCAAUUUAAAAUUAGUGAGAUUUCUGUCACCACACAUAUCGCAUCCGGGAAUGCCUCAACUGUUCCUUCAGUGCUGCCAAAGAGCCAACAGGACAAACUACAACGUAGCCAAACAAAGAAAAUAACUCAAAUCAUGAAGGAAAGGGAUUUAAAGACAUUCAAUAGUUUUGGAGGCAUCGACGGAGUUGCAGAUGCAUUGAGUACUGACCUGGUCAAGGGACUUCAUGACAAGGAUGAUAUUUGUCGUAGAAAAAUGGAAAUAGACUCUCAAAAGCAGUUCCCUGAAAGCUGUUUCUUUCCCUUACUGAUAGAUACAUGCAAAAGUUCUACAACGAUUCUUCUUCUUGUGGUUGCAGUACUGUCUCUUGCCUUUGGAUUACAGGAAGAAGGUCCAGAGACCGGCUGGCAUGAUGGAGCCAUUUUAUUUCUCAUGAUUACUGUGCUGGUUCUGUUAACUUCGUUAUGCAGAUAUAAUCAUGAAAAAAAAUUGCUUAGGAGGUUGAGGAAGCAAGGUGCUCCAAUGAAGACUGUUCAUGUAACUAGGGGAGAAUGUAAUCAGCCCAUCAGUAUCUCAGAUCUUGUACGUGGUGAUAUAGUUUUGCUUGAGAGAGGAUAUGAAGUUCCGUGUGAUGGUUUCUAUAUAGAUGGUAAAUCACUAGAAGUGGAUGCUGGAUCACAGUCCAUAAUUGAUGACAAGAAUCCGUUUCUGUUUUAUGGUUCAAGGGUAAUCAAUGGCAGUGGCAGGAUGGUUGUGGCAUCUGUGGGCACGACCACAGUUUGGGAUAACCUGAUGAAGACUAAUUCGAGAGAUAAAAAGUCUAUUGUAGAAGCUCAUCUUGACAAGUUAAUGAAAGGAAUCCAUAUCUUUGGUCUCCUAAUAACUAUCCUCAUGUUUACAGCAUCCUUCCUGCGGUUUGUAUUAAAGAAACCAGAUGAAGCAAAUGGGUACCGGUCAGAAGUCAAGGAUAAACCAACCUCGAUCAGAAUUAUAUGUAAUACCAUUGAGAAAAUAGUCACAGAACCAAAGGGCACAGCUAGAACCUUAAGAAGUCUAUUAGGUAUCUCACUGGUUGGAAUAAUGGAAAAUGUGCCAAUGGUUGUUUCAAUUGCUAUCACUCUAUGGAAUGACAAGGUUCUGUCAGAUAAAGCUACCUGCCAUGAUUUGCUAGCGUGCAUUAAGUCAUCAUCAGUCACUCGUAUCUGCACUGACAAAAUUGGUGGGUUAACCGAACAGCAGAUGGAAGUUAGUAUGGUUUCUGUUGGAUGUGAUGUUAUAAGUGACAGCUCUAGUCUUUCCCCGAAAGUACUUGAAGCACUUUGCGAAGGUAUUGGCACAUCAGUUUUCACAUCUGCAGAUGCUUGUCAUGUAAUGGAGGCAUCACUCUGUCUUUGGGCUAAUGAUGCCAUUGGGCUUAUGAGUAACAAUUUGAAAACAAACUGGGAACUUCUGCAGUGGACAGAAUCAGAUGCGAGUAAGAACUCUUGUGGAGUAUUGAUUAAGAAAACUGAAGAAGAUGUUAUGCGUCUGCAUUGGAAGGGACCUGUCGGGGAAAUUUUGGCCAAAUGUUCCCUUUGCUAUGAUAAGGAAGGGAAUCUACAUGAAAUGAACACUCAGAAAAGGCUGGAUUUUGAGCGUGUUAAUAAAGAUAUGCUGGACAAACAAUUGAAAACAGUUGCACUUGCUUGUAGACCCGCUUUUGCCCGUAGGCUGGAAGGAAAUGACUUAAAUUUAAUAGGACUGAUUGGUUUAAAAGAUUCAAGUAAAGAAACUACCAAUAUGGCAAUUGCACUUGCUUUUAGCGAAGGUAGUAUAAGGACUAUACUUGUUUCAGCAGAUGAUGUUUCUUCACUCGAACCAAUUGCAGUUCAACAUGGGUUGCUCAAACAGGCAUCAAACCUGGUGCUUAAAGGUGAAGAUUUUCAAAAAUUAACCAAGGCUGAGAGGAUGGAGAAAAUAGAUCAAAUUUGCGUUCUGGGAAAUUGUCUUCCAGCUGAUAAGCAGUCUUUUGUGAAAUGCUUAAAGGACAGAGGAGAGGUGGUUGCGAUGGUUGGAAUGCAAACAACUGAUGCUCCAGCACUAAGAGAAUGUGACAUAGGGGUGGCUUUGGGGACCUGGAACUCAGCAAUAGCUAGAGAAAGUUCUGACAUAACUAUCUGGAAUGAGGGUCUAUGUUUCUUAUUUGACGUGAUCAUUUGUGGAAGAUGGGUUUAUGGGAAGUUGCAGAAGUUUAUUCAAGUGCUGCUUAUUAUGACAGUUUCCAGCUUACUGCUAAACUUCGUUGGAGUAGUUUCCACGGGAGAUGCCCCAAUGACAGCAGUUCAAGUUUUUGGACUAAAUUUGCUCAUGACAUUUAUAGAUGGCAUGGCACUGUUGGGAUCACCACAAGCCAGGAGACAGUGUUAUGAGUCCACAGAUGGACCUACAGGCUCUCUUAUAACCAUGGCUAUGAUAAGAAACGUAAUUGCUCAAUCAUCAUACCAGAUUACAAUUCUAAUGACUCUGCAGCAAAAAGGGCAUCUAAUUGAAGGCACCACUAAGAAAUCAAUCCAAUCCAUGAUCUUCAAUAGCCUAAUCAUGUGCCAGGCUUUCAACCUGUUCAAUGCUAGAGAGCUACAGAACAAAAACUUUUUCAAAGGUAUUAUCCAUGACUUCUGGUUUUUGUGUGCUAUGGCUAUUUACAGUUUUCUGCACAUAUUAUAUUUUGCCAUUGGAUAUAGACUAGCCAAAGACGCACGUCUUGAUUAUAGAUUAUGGGAAGGAUGUUUUCUCAUCGGUAUUGUUUCAUGGCUGUUUGAUUGGAUUUGGAAAGUCCUACUUCCUUCUAGUAGGAUAGAGUGUUUUACUGGCUGGCUUAUCAAUUGCACUGGAAAAUGCAAAAUGACCGUACUAAAGAAAGGUUGGUGGUUAGUGAAGGGAGGGUGUUUACACUCUGAAUCUUUACCACCAGAAACCAAUUCUAAUCUUCAUGACCCCCUCAUCAACACCUUAGACUCUUUAAGCACCCCGAAUCCAUAUGAAACAUUAGUGUAACAAACAUAUGUAUUUGUGAGUGUUAGUGUUAGAGAGAUCAUAGCAGCAUAGGACUACAGGGCAUUGGUAGCUUUAUUUGUUUUGCCCUUUUUAAGCAACAUGUAUAUAUGUAGUUAUUUCACAAUUUGUUUACCAUGUUCCAUUUGGACUUCAGUGACCUGUACAGAAUCUUAUAUUUCAAGAUAAUAUUCCAUUUUACCUUUA